AUGUCAGAAGAUUCAAAUUCAAUAUUAACAACCAUAAAGUACUACAAGAGUAUAUUAAAAUUUCCAUCGUUUCCAAAAUAAUACUCAGAAUUAGAUGAGACCUAAGAGUAGAAUGAUCUUUUUUUUUGUAAUUCAAAAUAGAGAAAGGAGGAAAGUUUAAAGUUAUUAAAAGAAUGGGCUUAGGAUAGAAUGGAAUUGUUUGAAAGGAAUAGAGAAAUUGUGGAAGAAUUAGCAAAUUCAUGUGAUUACAAAAUACGAUUAUCCGUUGAUUUCCUUCAAAUAGCUUACAAAUUUUUCAAUGAGAAAUAUUUCCAUGAACAACAAUAUGCAUAAUUUCUUAUCACAAAACCUUAACCUGCAUUGAAAUAAAAUCCAUUGAAUUAAUCAUUAUAUUCUACUGUCGGAACUUCAGUCUCAACAUUUGAGGAACACAAUUUAAAAAGGUUAGAAAAAAUUGCUAAUUUUGCUCAUUCGAUUUAAACUGACAUACUUAAAGCCAAAUCCUUUAGUGAAUUGAGUGAUAUGGAUAGAAAAUUGGAUGUGCUCUUGAGUUCAAUAAUUACAUAGAAAAAAUUGUUAUAAAAUUACAUUACAUCAGCAGGCUAGAAAUUGAACUUAAUAAUCUAAUAAUUCCCUCAGCAUCAAGUACCUUAAAGAUAGAGGAAACCAAUAUUUGAUGACUAGUAAUAAUAAAAUAAAACGGAUAAGUAAAAUACAUAAGCUCAAGGUAAUGAAGUUGUUGGAACAGAAUGUUUAUAAAAUCCAGCUGAAAAGGGACUUAAUAAAUCGAUAAAAGAAUAAGAAAGAUAAAUUAGGGAAUAAUAAUUAAAAGAUGAGUAAAGUUUAAGUAAUGGAAGUGAAUUUCAAUAAGAAGAAUUGUAAGAAUAAUAAGAAUAAAAAUAAGAAUAACAAGAUGAAGCAAAAUGUGAAAUAAUAUAGAAUAAAGAAGAAUAGCCAUAACAAUUACAAAAUUAAGAAUAAUUUAAUGAUAGUUAGGAGUAGUCUGUCUAAUAGUAAUAAUAAGAAAAAUAGGCAUAACAUUUUGUAGAGACAUUAAAUAGUGCAGAAAUGUACAAAUAAUAAUAAUAAUUAAAAGAACGAUAAACAUUUGAUUAAAAUAAGUUGAAAUCAAAAAAUUACUAAUCUUAAGGACAACCAAAUAUCUAGUAAUAAAUUAAGAAUGAAGAUGAUGGAAAAAAGUAAUAAAAUCAAUAAGUGGAUGUGUAUAGACUUAUAGUUAGUUUUGUGGCCACUCAAUAAUAUGCUAAUAAAUUAUUAAAUUAAUUGGUAGAAAAGGUUAUCUCAUAUUGGAAAUAAGUCAUUGCAAUUGAAUAAACAAGAGCAUAAUGGGCUAAAGAUUCAUGUUAGAUUUAUAAAAAUGGCAUAGCAGAAGUUCAUAAUUUAUAAGUAGAAUUACCAGAAUUGAAAAUCGAUGUUGAAGAUCAUUACAAAUUAAAGAAAUUAUUACCAAAAGAGAUGUCAUAAUUUGAAGAUGGAAAUGAGGAGGAUUUUCUUCAAACUUUAGUUAUCAAAGAACUGGGAUGCCAAGCAGCAAGGUUAUUAUUGAUUAAGGAAUUUAAAGUAAAUGUUAUAGAUAAAACUAAUGAAAUAUAAGCUAUCCUAGUGCUAACUAUUGAUAAAUAUGUUGGUUGUUGGUUUAAGCAUGAUGAAACAGUAGAAGUUAAAGCUAUUGAUAAUCCUGUUCUUCAUUAUCCUAUUAAUGGUAUGGCAAUACAGAAAGUUAACGAAUUAGUGUUGGAUAUCAUGCCCUCAAGACACUUAUUGUUUUUGAAUAUUGCAAAUGAUAGACAGAAAAGUAGGAUUAAAUUCCAAACAGCAGACGAUAUGGAAGAAUUUUGUACGAUAUCAUAAGCAAAGGUUUGA